AAGGAAAUUGUAAGAAGAAGAAGAACGUGAAAACAGUAAACGAAAGGAAAGAAAACAGAAAGGGACAAAGAAAGGUCGAGAGAGCUCAAAAAAGAGAGAAAGGACAACGAAGGCGACCUCAAACCGGUUGUCGUCAUACACCAUUUUUCGAUCUCUCAUCCCUCCUUCCUCUUCCUCUUCCGCCCAACGAUUCUCUUAACUGUUACCUCAUAUUGGAAGAUGCCGGUAUCAAAAUCCAAGUCUGCCUCAAAGGAUAAGUCCUCUGCUAGGGCUGCUGCCAAGAAACAGCCGAAGGCUUCAAAAACCUCGGCUUCUAAAAAUUCAAACAGGACUUCAGCAGCCACUACUGCUCAAAAUCCAGUUGAUGAAUUGGUUCAUACGGUUGAAAUAUCAUCAACACUAACCACUUCCUCAUUGCUCUCUGACAAUGGUCACUUCCAGAAUAUGGAAGAUAUGGAUGACCACUCAAGCAGUCCACGUGGUACAGUAUCUGAUUUUGAUCUGUCUUCCAACAAUGGUAGCUGCUCGGGUGAGUCAGAGGAUCCAAAAGAAAAGACAGUUGAUUCUUCAAACCAGCAGGAGAGGACAACUGGGUGUGACCAUGAGAAGCGGGAGAAGAUUCGAUUAAAGAAUGAGAAGAAACAUCAAAGACAGAAAGAAAAACGGGCUCAGGAGUUGCAUGAACGAUGCAAAGGCUAUCUAAUGUCUAGAAAGCUCGAAGCUCUUUCUCAGCAACUGGUUGCUAUGGGAUUCUCUCCUGAAAGAGCUACCAUGGCACUAAUAUUAAAUGAGGGUAAGCUAGAGGAAUCAGUUGCCUGGCUCUUUGAAGUAAACACGGAAGAGCCCCGAAACAAGGACACUGCUAAUGUUACAAGUGGGAGUAACUUGAAGAUUGAUAUUAGCAGUGAACUGGCUCAUAUUUCAGCUCUUGAAGCACAGUUUAAAUGCUCAAAACAAGAGGUUGAACGAGCCAUAGUUGCUUCUGGUGGUGAUCUUGAUAAGGCAGAAGGUAUUCUAAGAGAACAAAAGCAGAAAGAAUCCGUCAGUCAGUCAAAUCAUGAAGUUGGUGAAGCACAUAGAAUGGCAAGAGCUCAAGAAACGGCUGGAUCUGCAUCUGUCUUUACAAUGCAAUCGAGCAAUAGAGAGUUCAGCAGUAAUAGUGCGCAAAUGACGGUGCCAGCGUGGUUAGAAGCAGGCAAUAGGAGUACACAACAGUCUUUGAAGACGACAGAUCAACCGAGACUGCUGAGGGGAGGGGAGAAGAGAUGGCCUGCUGUAGGAUCAGGCCUUUCUUCGUCAACCUCAACACCACCAUUGCCUGUAGUUACGUCUCAUCCGUAUGCAAAGGCAGAGGCUCAAAUUGGUGUUUCUAAAAGCGAAGCCAUCCAUCUUCGACGAGAAAUACCUGAGCAGACAGUCGAGCCAGUCGUUUUUAUUCAGCAGCAGCCUCAAUCCAUAAAUGGGUUGCAAAAUGCUGUCUCCAGCCCCAUGCUUCCCGGAACAACUCCAUGGUAUUCAAACAAUGCUCCAACUAUUAAAAACAUCAUCUCAAGUGACAAAUUGCUACACAAUCAUAGCAGGAUGAUCCUUGGGGCAGAAAAUAGAAGGCUAGAACAGAUUUACCAUCAGGUUGUUCAUAAUCAACCACAAUUCAUGUCUGGUCCAGUUGAGAUGUUAUCAUCGGGGCUAGAUAUACCGUGGGCAAAAGAGAAUGUAUCAUCGUCGCGCUUUCCUUCCGAAGCGCAAAGUUUGUGGAAACCUGGUGGUGGAACUCUAUCUUCCUUCACAGUCCCAUCGUCUUAUGGAUCGAGUUCAAACCUCAGCCAAGGCUCACCUGCACAAACGACGGGGUUAUUGUCACAGAUGGACUGGAAUCUCGGGGGGUUGAUGCCGUAUUGCGAUUACAACAGAAUAGACUGGACUCUGCAUAGCCCAAGUUCACGAUCGAGUGAGUUGUCUCCGGGCUUUUCGUCAUCGUUGAGGAACGGUUCGGGGAUGAGGCUGUGUGAACUUGGAAUGCAGGGCGGGGGAGGUGUAAAAGAUGUAUCAGGUUCAGGUGGAUUGCGCGAUUGGACCUCUCCCUUUGCAGGAAAUGAUCUAUUCAGUGCACCCAGGCAGCUUGUUACAUCUCCAUUUCCUUAGGUUUUGGGGAGUUUAAAAGUGUAAACAAACAUGUGUGCCUGAUUGUUACUAUGGACUUCUCCUGUUGUUUAUUUGUAGUUUGCCAAAUGAAGAAAGGUGCAUCAACUAGUGUGGCUAAUAA